AUAUCUUUUUUCGAAAUUUUUGCGAAAUAAUCUUAAUGCCACAUAAAUGAUUGCAAGAUUACACGAAAUUUUGAGCAAUAUAUAUAUAUCCGUUUUUACGUGUCACCGAGUAUAUCGAUUUUUAAGAAUUUUGAUUGGUUCAUUCAUCUGAAUCAUCAGCUGUUUGACGCUUAAUAAAGCGGAGACGAGAAUCAAGUUUAUCAGUUGCUAUCAGCUGCUGUAAACUGCCGGUUGUUUUUAGAGUCAUUCAACACAUAGGAAUUAUUCAUAUUAAUCAUUGCAUACAUUUGAUAACCUACGAACCGGUUGUUCUUCAACAUCGAUCAACGUAUCUGAUAUCAUCACGAUAAAGAAAUAAUUUAUGCCCCUAAUUAAUCACACAUUUCAAAGUGAAAUAUUAUAAGUGAAUCAAAUGCAGUGAAGUGAUUGUUGAUAAUUUUUUUAUCAUUUUUAUUAUACUGAAUAUUCACAUUUUUGUGAAGAAAAAAACACCUAACUUUUGUACAUACAAUAUGAUCAUUUUGAAUUUAUCUGUUGACGUAAUCAAAACAAAGCUUGUAUUUGAAUGCAAUCUUUUGAGGAUUGAAUGAGGAUUGUUUAUUCUGGGACAUUUUAAUUGGAAGUACAAAAAUAAAGUAUAUAAGUUUAUUACUGAAUGUUUGAAGAUUGAUAGGAGCAAAGUUUAGCUUGGGAAGAAUGUAUGAGGAUAAGCAAGCGAUAAUGAAGCUGUCCAUCUCGCUGAACAUUUCAAGAAAAGAAUUGGAAGACCUGAUUGAGAAGGCGAAGGAUUGGGCCCUCAUGAAUGGGAUGUGUUUGAGAUCGAAGGUCAAUUUUAACAGAGACGUCUUGCAGUUUGCACCAUUCAUGCUGUUGCCAUCUCCAUUUCCAAGGGAAGAGUUCCAAAAUGCUUGUGACAUUCAGAUCACUUUAAACAUGCUCAUACACAGAGUAGCUCACGAUUAUGACUUUUUGAAGGAGACUUUGGAAGAGACUGUUAAGGUUGAUGAUUUCACUAGAAACUUAUUUGACAUUUAUGAGAUUGUUCGCGAAGAAGGGGCUGCUCAGAAGGUAUCCCUUGGUAUCUUGCGCUCAGAUCUGAUGCUGGAUACAAGUUGUCCGAAGAAAGACACCAAGAAGAAACUUAAGCCGCAUUGUUGUUGGAAACAGGUUGAGAUAAAUACAAUUGCCUCAGGAUUCGGCUGGCUGGGUCCUGUAUCCACUCAGUUGCAUAAGUUUGUCUUGCAAGAACUUGGGUAUACGACAGAAUUGGACAAUCUUCCUGAAAAUAAUGCGCUGCAAACACUAUGCUCAGGCAUGAUAGAAGCAUGGAGUUUGUACGGCAAUCCUCAGGCUGUCAUUUUAUUUGUUAUCGAGGACAUUACGUACAAUAUCUGCGAUCAGCGUUUCCACGAAUUCGAGAUACGAAAGCAGAAUCCAAAUGUAAAGGUGAUUCGCAGAAAUCUGACGCAAUUAGCGGAAACUGCGAGACUGGGCCCAGACAAGGAAUUGAUAGUGAACGAUUACGUUGUGUCUGUAGUCUACUACAGAUGCGGCUACGAGCCUGGACAAUAUCACACGAAAAAAGAGUGGGACGCGAGAUUGCUGAUUGAGAGGUCAUUGGCGAUCAAAUGUCCAAGCAUUCAGUAUCAUUUGGCUGGUACAAAGAAGGUUCAACAGACUCUUGCAAAGCCCGGGAUGGUCGCGCGUUUCUUAAAGGACGAGAAAACGGCGAUGAAAGUUAAAGAAAUAUUUACUGGUCUAUAUCCACUGGAUUUUGACGAACAUGGGAAUGUUGCUGUGGAAAUGGGAAUUUCGGACCCUCAGCGUUUCGUGUUAAAGCCGCAGAGAGAAGGGGGCUGCAACAAUUUGUAUGGAAUGGAUAUCAAGAACUUCUUAGAAUCAGUCAAAUCCGAGCAAACUCGAGUAGCUUGGAUUCUCAUGGAUCGGAUUUAUCCGCCAGUGCAUGAAAACUACGCCGUGAAACCUGGAAUUAACGAGAACGUGGACACGAAACAGUUCGUCUCGGAGUUAGGCAUAUUCGGCGUUAUCAUCGGAGAUGAUAGAAAUAUUAUUGUCAAUAAACAGGGUGGUCAUAUGUUGAGAACGAAAUUGGCUAUCGAUAACGAAGGCGGGGUGGCGACUGGAUUAGGUGCUUGUGACAGUCCGUUUUUGAUCGAUUAAAAUGUAGGAUAACAUGCAAAGAGCGCAAAUUGUGUUAUAUAUAAUUAAUUGUAUAAUAUAACAUAUAAUUAUGCAGCUACGUUGCGAUAUCAUUCCUUCUUGUUGCUUCUCAAAGCGCAAUAUUGUUUGCCAUAGAAGAGGCCUUGACAUUUAUACAAAUUUAUAUUUUGUAUACAUACAUUUUUAUGAUUAUUGAA